AUGGGAGGUAGUGGAAAUGAAUGUUUAGCGGGAAAUGAAGCUUUAAUUAGGGAUGGUAAUUUCAAACGCUCUACUAACAGCAGUUUACCGAUCGCCCCUCCAGAUGGUGGGUACGGAUGGAUAAUCGUACUUGCCUCGUUUUUUGCCAAUCUUAUCGUGGAUGGGAUUAUUUAUUCGAUUGGUGAAACACUUGUUGGAAUUUGGGAACAGGAUUUCAAAACGACGGCUAUGCAGGCUUCUAUUGCGCAGUCAUUACUUACCGGGUUUUAUUUACUUGCAGGUCCUCUAGCAAGCGGUCUUUCAAAUGUAUUCGGAUAUCGUUUGGUUGUCAUGGCUGGUUCUAUAAUGACAUUUACUGGUUUCAUUUUAUCUUCCAUCGUAUCAUCACUUCCAUUGCUUUAUAUCACAUUUGGUAUUAUUGGCGGAAUUGGCUUUGGACUUGUUUAUUUGCCAUCAAUAUUAAUUGUGAAUGAAUAUUUUGAAAAACGAAGAGCACUUGCCAUGGGAAUAGCUGUAUGUGGUUCAGGCAUUGGUACUACCAUAUUUUCACAGUUAUUUCCAUUUUUACUAAAAGCCUGUGAGAACAACUGGAGACGUUUUCUUGUUUAUGCAGCAUUUACUACACUUUUGUCCAUUUUCUGUGGUUUGUGUUAUCGAAAAAUACCAUUAGUGACAUUGGAAGAUAAUGAGGAGAAAGGAGUGAAAUCUAAUUCUGAUUUGUCCUAUGAAGGAAACGAUGGGCAUGACAACCUGUCUUCUCAACUAACCAUCAACUCUUCAGUAUCAAUUAACAAUUCACGAGGAAAAAUGUGUCAAGAAGAAACAGAAGAAGCGACGGGUAAUUUAAUGAUGACCUCGGUGACGACAACACCAGAAAUAUCACGAAAAACUAGAAGACAAUUUAUUUUAUUUACCGUUCUACGUUCAAUGGUUGAUACAAGCUUACUCUCAGAUCCCAGCUUUAUACUGAUUGCAAUUUCCGCCUUCCUGACACUUUCCUCUCUCUUUGUUCCGUUUAUUUUUCUUGGCAAACAGGCAAUUACGGUAGGUGCAACUUCAAGUCAACAAUCAUAUUUAUUAAUGAUUAUAGGGAUUGUGAAUAUUUUUGGACGAGUAUUAUGUGGGCUAAUAUCAGAUUUACCAAAAGUAGAUCCAUUAUUUGUUCAUAAUUUGGGCGUAAUCAUUGGUGGUAUAGCAACUUGCACUGUACCAUUAUUAACACAAUAUUGGAUGUAUGUUGUAUAUACAAUACCGUUUGCAUGGAGUGUUGCGUGUUUUUCAUCACUUCGUGCUAUUAUUUGUAUUGAAUUACUCGGUUUGGAAAAGCUUUCCAAUGCCUUUGGUAUGAUGAUGCUCUGUAUGAGCAUUGCUGCUUUAAUUGGUCCGCCACUUGCUGCGCUGUUCAAAGAUUUGAGUGGAAAUUUCAAUCUGUCAUUUUAUGUGAUGGGCGCAUUGCUAACACUGAGCGGUGUGCUAUGCAUACCGCUUCGAAUAAUCAAGUCACGAAUACCGAAUGCAAAGUUGCAGAAUAAUAUCAGACAGUCGCAAUUGCAAUCUAUGCGUGCAACAGAACGAUUUUGA